AUGGAGCCUUGCGGUCGAGUCAGGGUGGCCAAAUGCCAGAUGCUGGCCACCAGCCUCUUUGUUCUGCUCCUGAGCUCCGCCAUGGCCGCCACAGCCGCACUCAGCUACUUUGGGCCCCACUUUGCCGUCAUCAGCCCCGUGUCCGCGGACAGGACCACCUAUGAGGCCUUGCACCACUGGGCCUUCUCCGCUGGAAUCGCCCUGGCUGCACUCCUGACCCUGGGGGCCGUGUUGAGCGCCGCAGCCACUGUGAGAGGGGCCGGGGGCCUCAUGGUUGCGGCCUUCCUGAGCUUCGCGCUGGUGUUCUGCGCCCUGGUGCAGGCGGCCUUCUGGAGGGCCCACAGCCCCACUCAGGUGGAGGACGCAGUGCUGGAUGCCUACGACCGGGCCUACGAGCGGGCACUGAGGAGCGUGUCCGGAAGCGGGCGGCAGGAGCUGGUGGCCAUCCAGGACACGUUCCGAUGCUGCGGCAAGCGCUCACCCCUUGGGCUCCUGGAGGGCUCAGAAGCUGGCCUGUGUCAGGGGGAGGAGGCUGCCAGACAGGACUGCCUGCGGGGGAUCCAGAGCUUCCUGAGGGCGCAGGGGAACGUCGUCUCCACCCUGAUCGGCCUGGGCCUCGCCUUCACGGUGUACGCAAUGCUGCUUAGCUCCUUCAUCUGGUUCAGCAUCCGCUCGGACAGAUACUCCGUGAGCCAACGGGCCCGCAGCCGCCCUCCCCAGGAGCCCAGAGUCUACAGACGCAUACAGGAGGGCUCCCCGUCUCAGCGCCCGUCCAAAGCGGACGCUUCCGGGGGCCGUCUGAGUCCAAGCAGACACUCGGGUCAGCUUCUGCUGCUCCGGGACACCCACCCGCCUACCCACGGAAGCGGAGAUGCUGCCGUCUCAACUCACAUGUGA